AUGGCCCCUUCGGUCCUUGCUUCAGGGGUCGAAUUACCCACUACCAACAUCAGCAUCAAGUCUACAACGGGUAUCGCCACGACACAGAAGAAGCCAGAGACCGCACUCCGUAACUUGUCACAACUUCUCAUCUGGGCAUCAACGACCAAUGGAAGCCUAUCUUUCUACUCUACAGAGGGACCUAGUUCUACCCCGAUCUCUCUUUCGUACGCCGACCUCUUUGUAGAAGCGGACAAGAAGGCUAGCAUAAUCCGCCGUAUCGAAGGACUGACGCCGCAAUCAAUCCUUCUCUUACACUUUGACACCCAAUAUGAAAACAUCAUCUGGUUUUGGGGUGCUACCCUUGCGGGAUAUCUGCCCGCUAUUUCCACACCAUUUGCAGAGGACACAAAUCGGCGCAGAACGCACUUGCUCCACCUUCAUACAUUACUCGAGCAACCCGUUGUACUCACGGCCAAGCGACUAAUCCCAGAAUUCCUCGGGCUAGAUGAGCUCAACCUGCACGAUGUUGAGUCUCUAUCUGCACCCACCGAGGAAGACGUUUCUAUUGAUUUCACGGGUCUCGAAAAGAAGGCUAAAGACCUGGCUGUUCUUAUGUUGACCUCGGGAAGUACUGGAAAUGCCAAGGCAGUGUCAUUGCGGCAGGGUCAAAUGCUCAAAUCUAUCCGUGGUAAGAGUAUACACCAUGGCACAGAGCCCGGCGACGUCUUUCUCAAUUGGGUCGGCCUGGAUCAUGUUGCUAGCUUGACAGAGACUCAUUUGCAUGCAAUGAGUCUCGGUAGCAAUCAGGUACAUGUGUCAGCACCAGAGGUCCUUCGAGACCCUCUGCAAUUCCUUCGCUUGAUUGACAUUCACAAAGUGGUCUACACCUUUGCACCUAAUUUCUUCCUGACCAAGGUAUACGACAGCUUGAAGGCAAAUCCAGAUUUCAAAGCCGACCUUUCGAGCCUCAAGGCUCUUAUCUCAGGAGGCGAGUCUAAUGUUGUUGUCACUUGUGAUGCGCUCACUCAAGAGCUCCGACGACUCGGUGUCCAGGGAGAAGUGAUUCGCCCAGGCUUUGGAAUGACUGAGACUUGUGCGGGAUCUAUCUACUCUCGGGCUUGCCCUUCAUACGACCUUGCGCUCGCUCAUGAGUUUGCCAGUCUUGGAUCCUGUGUUCCGGGUAUUAACAUGCGUGUCAUGAGCGUCACGGAGGCCGGGACUCCCGCAGCCACUGGUGAAUCUGGAGAGUUGCAAGUCUCGGGGCCUAUUUUGUUUGAGCAGUACUAUAAUAACCCGAAGGCAACGAUGGAAGCGUUUACUUCGGAUGGCUGGUUCAUCACAGGAGACUUGGCUAAGAUCGACGACGCCGGUAAUCUUGAUUUGGUUGGCCGAAUCAAAGACACCAUUAUUAUCAAUGGCGUUAAAUGGAGCGCAACCGAGUUGGAAACCGCCCUCGAAGAAGAAGGUAUUGCUGGCCUGGUUCCCUCCUACACAGUAGCCUUCCCAACCCGCGCUACUGGCUCACCUACCGAGGACAUUGCAAUUGUCUACUCGCCGACCUAUUCUCAUGAGGACAGCCAGGCCCGUUUUGACACCGCACAAGCUAUUUCGAAGACGGUGUCUCUAACCACCGGUCGGAAACCCACACACGUCAUUCCUCUGCCUCAGUCUAUGUUAGAGAAGUCUUCCCUCGGUAAGAUUUCACACACCAAGGUGCGCAAUGCACUAGAGAGCGGCGAAUACGCAUCAAUUGAGCAUGAAGAUCAAGCUCUUCGCAUGAGCUGUCGCCAAUCCAGCUGGCGAAUUGCCGAGUCUGAGACAGAAAAGAUUGUCCAGAAGACUGUAGCUGAGUUGCUCGAAAUCUCCGCCGAUGAGAUUAGUAUGGACGAUUCCAUCUUCGACUUGGGGGUCAGCUCUCUUAAUCUCAUUCGCCUAAGGGCCAUGGUUCAAGAGGCGGUUGGCGCCGAGAUGCAACUUCCGAUGUCAAUCAUGUUGACUGAACCAAGCCCGGCUGCUAUAUCGGCUGCCAUUGACUCGCUCAUGUCUAAGCCAAGAGAAUACAAUGGUAUUGUGCCACUAAACGCUCAUAAAGGUAAAGACGGUGGCAUCCCGUUGUUCUGUAUCCACCCUGGAAGCGGUGAUAUUCUUGUCUUUAUUGCUCUCGCAGCACACUUUUCAACAAGACCAGUGUACGCAAUUCGCACACGAGGAUAUAACCCUAACGAACGCUUCUUCUACUCCAUUGAAGAAACCGCAAACACAUAUGCCGAGCAGAUUCGCCAGACACAGCCUGAGGGUCCCUAUGCAAUUGCAGGAUACUCUUUAGGGUCUACCCUGGCAUACGAGGUCGGCAAGGUCCUCGAGGCUCAGGGACAAGAAGUCCGAUUCCUUGCCAGUAUCGACUACCCACCACACAUCGCCCACUACGUCCACAAAUUGAACUGGAUUGACGUAUUGCUUCACAUUGCUUUCUUCCUUGAGAUCAUUGACGAGGAAACAAUGAUUGAGGUCACACCUUAUCUGCACACAUUGGACCGCGAAGCCGCACUGGCUCACUUAUUAGAGAUCGGUGAUUCCGAGCGUGCGAAGGCUCUAGCCGUUGACAUGAAGCAUUUGGGACUUGUCAGCGACAUUGCAGAGAACUUUCGUGUCAACGUUCAGACGUACGAACCAAUUGGCAAGGUUCAGAACUUGGAUGUUUUCGUGGCAGAUCCCCCUAGAUACGCAGCCAAGGAUCGACAGGACUGGAGGGAGAACAAGCUCGGUCGCUGGGCUGACUUUUCCGAAACACCGGCUGAGUUCUAUGAUUGCCCUGGCAUUCAUGCUAAAAUGCUUAACCCAGCUCACAUGGCGGACUUCGCUAAGAUUUUCAAGGGCGCGAUGAGACGCCGGGGCGUUUAG